UUGGUUGAACAAAAUGGAUCUCUUAAAAAGGAAGUUGCUGUUGCAGAACGCAAGUUGAUUGCAAGAAAUGAACGUAUUCAAAGUCUAGAAGCCCUUUUAGGUGAUGCACAAGAAAAAUUAAUACAUCAAAAUCAAAAGUUUGAAGCACAAUUACAAGCUGUUCGUGAUCGGUUGGAACAGGCCCGUUCUCAAAAGGCCAGUCAACCUGCCAUGUCAGCUGUUAACUUUGGUAGAAUUGCUAAGCCUUUAAGAGGCGGUGGAAAUGUAGUUGAACCCGCUGAUGAUAAACGCGAAAAGCGCUCUUCUUGGAUGCCUGGAUUCUUAAAUGGUCGUUAA